UGACAUCAGCCUCUGAGCCGAGAAUGGUAACUUGUGUCGGGAUCGAAGCGCUCACAUCAGUGGCAUGCUUCAUGGAGUUAUGUGCCUCGCGUUGCCCUCUGAACUGCCAUCAUGGACUGCAGCGCCCUAAUACUUUUCCUUUUCCUCUUGUCGCUCAUUUCCCGCGCCGACUUCAGCCUUUAUCCGUCCAAUGAAGUUAACCUGUUGGAUUCCAAAGCAAGCCAAGGGGAGCUGGGGUGGAUAUCAUAUCCAUCACAUGGGUGGGAGGAGAUCAGUGGAGUGGAUGAGCACUACACACCUAUUCGGACCUUCCAGGUGUGCAAUGUCAUGGAGUACAGCCAGAAUAACUGGCUGAGGACCAACUGGAUCCCUCGCAAUUCUGCCCAGAAAAUCUAUGUGGAGCUCAAGUUCACGCUGAGAGACUGCAACAGUAUCCCCCUGGUGUUGGGGACCUGCAAAGAGACCUUCAAUUUGCACUACCUGGAGACAGACGAGGACCAGGGCAGUAAGUUUCGCGAGCACCAGUUCUCGAAAAUAGACACAAUCGCAGCUGAUGAGAGUUUUACACAGAUGGACCUGGGGGAUCGCAUCCUUAAACUGAACACAGAAGUGCGGGAGGUGGGUCCUGUCACUAAGAAAGGCUUUUACUUGGCCUUCCAGGACGUGGGGGCCUGUGUGGCCCUGGUUUCAGUACGCGUGUACUUUAAGAAAUGCCCUUUCACAGUGAGGAACCUGGCCAUGUUCCCCGACACUGUGCCCAUGGACACACAGUCAUUAGUAGAAGUGAGGGGCUCGUGCGUCAACAACUCCAAGGAAGAGGACCCGCCUAAAAUGUACUGUAGCACAGAGGGAGAAUGGCUGGUACCUAUUGGGAAAUGUCUGUGUAAUAUUGGUUACGAGGACCGGGGAGUCACCUGUCAAGCCUGCCGUCCUGGCUUCUAUAAGGCCUCCUCUGGGAAUGUGAAGUGUUCCAAGUGUCCCCCGCACAGCUACACACACCAGGAGGGCGCCGUGCACUGCAGCUGUGAGAAGAACUACUUCCGAUCAGAAGGAGACCCCGUUUCGAUGGCCUGCACCCGUCCUCCCUCUGCCCCCCGGAACGUGAUCUCGGUCAUUAAUGAGACGUCGGUGAUCCUGGACUGGAGCUGGCCAGCAGACACGGGCGGCAGAAAGGACAUUAUGUUUAACGUAGUGUGUAAGCGGUGUUUAACUGGCUCCAAACAGUGUGCACCAUGCAGAGGGGCUGUGCGCUUCCUGCCCCAUGCUAUGGGCCUUACCAACACUACUGUGACUGUGGCAGACCUGCUGGCACACACCAACUACACAUUUGAGAUUGAGGCACAGAAUGGAGUUUCCUCUCUGGCCCCUGCACUGCGCCAAUAUGCUGCUGUGACUAUAACAACCAACCAAGCAGCUCCAUCCCCGGUCACGGUCAUCAGGAAGGACAGAACAUCCCGAAACAGCAUCUCACUAUCCUGGCUGGAGCCAGAAAGACCCAAUGGUAUCAUCCUGGACUAUGAGGUCAAGUACUAUGAGAAGGAACAAGAGACCAGCUACACCAUCCUGAGAUCCAAGGGCACCAAUGUCACUCUGAAUGGACUGAAACCUGACACCAGCUACCUGCUGCAGAUUAGAGCACGUACUGCAGCAGGCUACGGCAGCAGCAGCCGCAAGUUCGAGUUUGAGACCAGCCCAGAUUCCUUUUCAAUCUCCAGCGAGAACAGUCAGGUGGUGCUGAUUGCUAUCUCCUCUGCUGUGGCCAUCAUCCUCCUCACAGUGGUUCUCUACAUUGUGAUUGGCAGGUUUUGCGGGUACAGCAAAUCCAAACAUCCAGACGAAGAGACUCUAAUUUUUGGCAAUGGACACUUGCGGCUGCCUGGUAUCAGGUCCUAUGUGGAUCCACACACUUAUGAAGACCCAAGUCAGGCGGUGCACGAAUUCGCUAAAGAACUUGAUGCAUCCUGCAUCGCCAUCGACAAAGUAGUGGGUGCAGGUGAAUUUGGGGAGGUGUGCAGUGGCCGUCUGAAACUGCCCUCUAAGAAAGAGAUCUGUGUGGCAAUUAAGACACUCAAAGCCGGAUACACAGAGAAACAGAGGCGGGACUUCCUGAGUGAGGCCAGCAUCAUGGGACAAUUUGACCACCCCAACAUUAUCAGACUUGAAGGCGUGGUCACUCGCAGUAAGCCAGUGAUGAUAGUGACAGAGUACAUGGAGAAUGGAUCUUUGGACAGCUUCCUGCGAAAACAUGAUGCUCAGUUCACGGUGAUUCAGCUGGUGGGCAUGCUGCGUGGUAUAGCAUCAGGUAUGAAAUACCUCUCAGACAUGGGCUACGUGCACAGAGACCUGGCUGCCCGCAACAUCUUGGUCAACAGCAACCUGGUGUGCAAAGUCUCUGACUUUGGACUGUCCAGAGUGCUUGAGGAUGACCCCGAGGCUGCCUACACAACAAGAGGUGGCAAGAUCCCAAUUAGGUGGACGGCACCAGAGGCCAUUGCCUACCGCAAAUUCACCUCAGCUAGCGACGUGUGGAGCUAUGGCAUUGUACUUUGGGAGGUCAUGUCCUAUGGAGAGAGGCCUUAUUGGGAGAUGUCCAAUCAGGAUGUGAUCAAGGCAGUGGACGAAGGCUACCGUCUUCCCCCACCCAUGGACUGCCCUGCAGCCCUGUACCAGCUAAUGCUGGACUGCUGGCAAAAGGACCGAAACAACCGCCCCAAGUUUGAGCAGAUUGUCAGCAUCCUGGACAAGCUUAUCCGUAACCCUAGCAGUCUGAAGAUCACAGCCAACACCGCCUCCAGGCCGGUCAACUUACUCGUGGACCGGAACAGCACAGAUGUGGCGUCGUUCAGCACUAUGGGAGACUGGCUGGAGAGCGUGAGGACAUUGCCCUGUAAGGAGGCCUUCAGCGGGGUCAGCUAUAGCUCAUGUGACACACUGCCCAAAACCUCUGCAGAGGACUUCAAGAAAGUUGGUGUAACAAUUGUCGGACCUCAGAAGAAGAUUGUGAGCAGCAUCAAAGCACUUGAAACGCACACGAAGAAUGGCCCAGUUCCUGUGUAAAAAACAAAAAAACAAAAAAACAAAACAUAGAUAAAUAAAGGAAUAAAAAGGGAGGGACAAGAAAGAAAGAGAUAUGUACACAGAUGUGACUGUUGCUGCUUUUGGCUUUAACAGACAGGAAUUCUGUAUUAGAGAAAAGUAGAAACUACAAGUGAAAAGAAAUCAGUGCAUAGCAGAAGAGAAGAGUCUUUCCAGCGCUUAUUAAUGGUGCUCAGGCAGAGAGUGUUGCCUCCCACGCUAUUGAUGUGUUGCCUUAUGUAGAAAAGAAGGAUGAGAGUGGGUGUGGCUCCGGGGCCUGCUGAACCUGUGCUAUGGGUUGGAGUCCAGGCUCCUGUCAGAUCUCCACAUGCCAUGAGUAUGUGUGUGAAGAGCAAGAUGGAGCCGUCAGGAGCCAGGCCAAGCGGAUACAACUGAAAGCUCUUAAUGUAUGACAGGAGAGAGGUGAGAUGCCUUUAGUAAAAAAAAAACAAAAAAACAUUGCAAUAGCAGUAGCUCUCGUUGUUGGAAGGCUGCCCUUUCGGAGAGAAAUGAACUCAAGCUCAAGGCCUCUUCCAUCCUCACGAAUCAUUGGUCUAUCUGUGGUCAUGUUGGAUUGGGUGUGUCUGGGCUAGCAGGAGACAAACAGCCUGCCAAUACAUGAGAGCCCCCUUUAAUUUCCAGAUUUCACUAGAGAACAAGAGAAAUUGGGAAACGGAUUCCAGUAAACUACACUACAGUUGCCCAUAAAAGCAAGACUGCCAGACAAGCCAAGAAUGAUGUUCCAGCAAUUUGCUAAUGCUUCUGAGGAUCAGACACAACGGGCGGCGUAUUUGAUUAACUAUUAAUCUGUAAGAGAACGGGCAUCUCAAACAGUCACGCUUGAAACAUCCGGAGUCAACGUGUAUACUGUGAACUUGCUCCAUUGAUGAGAUGUUUAUGUCACUUUAAAAGUAAAGCAGACGCUUUCUUGUGCUGUUGAGAGAACCCCUGGAAAUAUAUUAACCAAAAGUGAACAUGUGAAUUUAUCAGCAACUUGAAAAAUCAAUGCAACUGUAAAAUGUAUGUCCUCGAUUUCUGAACAUUCAGAAAUCACUUUAAAAGCAUAUUGUGGAAUAAUAUUUUACUUUACUAAUUUUGGAACAUGGUCAGACAUGUUGGUAGCACCUGCAUAUGUCCAGUUAGAUCAGCGAGAGAGUAAUUCAGAAAAACAUUCUGACUGUAGAGGAGGAUGGGAAGCGUUAGAUGUGACAGGUAAAAUGAAGGACUUUGGUGAAGAACAUAUCCUAUAAUUUACAGCAGUGAGUCUAUUUUGAGAAAAAAAUCUUCAAAUGGUAGUGAGAUCUGUGAGGGGAAGUGCUUUAAGGACAAUGUCAAGUACUAUAUCAUUAUUGCAAAAGCUCAGGAUGCAUAGCCCUUGUUCAGUCGUUGAGAAGCAAAAGAGAGAAGUGAAUACCAUGCAACCGACUACUUCAGGCUAAGUCUCUGUGCCAUUGUUCAUUGAUUUGUUUUUGGCUGCAAACAGAAAUAGAAAUGCUCUGACGGGGUAGGAGAUGUGUAGUCAUUAUAUUCAGAUAACCAUCAUUGGCAUUUGAACCUUUUAUUAGUGCAUCUUGAUAAGGCUUAUGCAGAUCAUGAAAGACUGAAAAAGUUGCCCAUGCAGAGAGUGACUUUCUCUGAAAUUCAACACUUUAUGAAGGAACUUUGUUAGCUCUUCCACUGUUCCUCCUCAAUCUGCCUGUAAAUGUUGCUGCUCUCUCAGCUAUUAGCAUGUACAUAUGUAAACAGGACCUGUAAUAAUAGCAAUGGUGAACCUAGCGGUACUAUUGAUUACCCGGCCAUCCCUUUGUACAAAUGUUUGUAUGUAUAAAAGAAUGAAAGAAAAAUGUGUGCAAACUUUAAAAGAGCAAAAACUCCUUUGUAUUAUAUUUUAUGUUAUUUUGUAUCAUAUUUGUUUUUUACAUUAAAAAAAGCAAUGGUAAUGACCUAUUUAUUUGAUAACAGUAUACCGUGCCAAUUUGAAUGUUUUUUGUUUGUAGCAUACAGUAAGUUAUGACAUGGUUACGUGAUGACAUUAUCAGUGUUUUGUAUUUUACUUUAAGAAACUUCUAAAGAGCAAUACUGCCCCUCCCCCUCCUCCUCCUGUACUCUUUCUUUAGACCGGUGUGUGUGUGUGUGGGUCUGGGUGUGUGUGAAAAUGUAGAUGGCCUUGUCUACUAAUGUAAAAUGAUUUGUAGUGGAAACAUUUAUAUUUUUAUAAUAAACUGUCUGAAAAUAUUUUCUAAAGAAGGAAUGCCGAGAA